AUGCCUAGUAUCCGCCCUACUCACAACAUCUUUCAGCUUGAAUGUCAAUUUCCCAGCUUCCACCCAAAUCACAAUGUUGCGCCUGCUUUAGGACUGCCCCUUGAGGAUCUUCCCCUACCGCACCAGUUACCAUCUCCACCUUGUGAUGUUUCGCCUCCCCCACCAGAUUUCUCGCCGUCACCUCCAGACUUCUCGCCGCCACUUCCCAAUUUCUCACCGCCACCUCCAGAGCUCUCACUGCCACUGCAGUCAUCACCUGUUCCAAUGGCUGGUGACGAGGAUCCAAACCCCCCAGAGGCAGAAUUCACGGAUGCGAGUGGGCGAUACUAUCGCACAUACCACUCGCUCCUCAAUGGCAAGUACAUUCCAGUCUGUGGACGACCAUGCACGGCUGACGGUGUGUUUCUGCCACCCGGCAUGCCACCAACUCUUCCACCACCAAAGUCUCCUCAUGAUUGGAGCCCAUAUCGCAACAACGUAGAAUUCGCAACAGCAGAAUUCACGUUCAAACAAUGUCAUAUGUCUCACGCAGCUUCGGAUUUCCUGUUCGAUUUAAUGGCUGCAACACUGGCAAAACACGACGACUCCCCUCCGUUCGCCGAUCACAAGGAUCUACACAAGGUCAUCGAUGCCACCGAACUUGGCAAUGUCCCCUGGCAAUGUCUCUCAGUUCAGUACGCGGGGGAACGCUCUGAGGAUAAUGUCCCGCCAUGGAUGGACAAUGAAUAUGAAGUCUGGUAUAGGGACCCCUGCUUGAUGUAUGACGUGUCGGAUAACACACGCCGAUGGAAAGACUUUAUGUCUGGAGACUGGGCAUGGCAGCAGGCUGAUGACAUAUCGAAUGAUCGCAAUACGCAUGGAUCGAUGUUCAUUCCGAUCAUUCUCGGUAGUGACAAGACUACUGUCUCCGUCGGUACAGGCAACAACAAGUACUAUCCAUUGUAUGCAUCAAUUGGUAAUGUACAUAACAAUGUGCGGCGCGCACACCGCAAUGCUCUCGUCGUCAUUGGUUUCCUCUCUAUACCCAAAACUAAUAGGAAAUAUACUCAUGACGACGCAUUUCAUACAUUUCGUCGCCAGUUGUUCCACCGCUCGCUCUCCCUAAUUCUCACCAUUCUCAAGCCUGCGAUGACCGAUUACGAGGUUGUGCGCUGUCCAGACGGUCAUUUUCAACAUGUCAUAUACGGUCUGAGACCCUACAUCGCAGACUACGAGGAGCAACUGGUGCUGUCCUGCACUGUUAAAAAUUGGUGCCUGAAAUGUCUUGCAAUUCGAACAAACCUUGACGGCGGCGACUUCGCGACACGAGGGAUGCUCAUUGGCUCAGUGUUAUCACGAGCUGUGGCCGCUCUCCGGCACGAAGAUCAACCACCGGCGCUGGCAGGUGCUCCUCCUGUUGUACUGCCAACAGAAGAUGGCAUUGACGAUAGGCAAGUGCAUGGGUACGGGUAA